ACAAAUUUCUAAACGACUCGCUUCCGCUCACCCUUCCGUUCGUGUGGUUCGACGAGAGGAGAAAAGCAGAGAGUUCAGUGAUGGCAGCGGAUUGAAAGAGGAGGCAGAGAGAAGGCUGAAGCGUUUGGGGGGAUAAAAUCCCGCGAGAGAGGAUUGAGUGAUUCAAAGCGAAAGAAAAUCUAGCAGGGGAAUAAAGGCGGGAGAAAAAGAAACUGAGAGAAGUCUGAGUUAACCCGGAAAUUGAGGAACAAAAGAAAUAGAAGAGAGUGUUGAAGCUGAGAGGGUAAUCGGGAAACGGAGCAAGAACAAGCAUUUGGAUCCGCAGAUUAGGCAAACGAUUGGUCGUAGAAGGUUAAAAAGUUGGAAUACAUUCUGAUUCUGGAGUAAACCUGGGGAUCCGGAAACAAUUUUCCUUUCCAAGUUCUCUUGGUUAAGCUUCAAAUGGAUGAAAUGUCUUCUCCUCAUUCAAGACUUGCGUUACUUUGGGUCAUUGAAUACUUAGCAAGAUUCAAGCAAAUAGACACAUCUAUUUUACGUGAUCUGGUCAAAAUGGUUCCAGAAUUUUCGGAUGAUUUAGGAAAAAAUGCAAGGGAAAUGGUGGCUCUAAGAUCUUUGGAGGAACUUUUUGGUGUUAGUGAUGGACUGACAAAAGGAAGUGAUGCACCAGAGACAAAAGCGGAGUUUGACUUAUCAGCAAGUUGUGAAGAUAUGCUCCAACAUAUCCUGCAGGAGACAUCGUUAUCAGAUAUUCAAGUAGGGGGUUUGAAGCAUUUGAAGUUGGAUGUUUCUUCCUUUCUUACUCACAAGAAAGCCUGCAUGCCUAAAUGUGCUUUAGAGCAGCUCAAAGAUGCAACAGCUGAGGGUUUUGAGCCAUUUGCUGCUUCCUUGAAAAGAACUAGUGGAAUCACAUGUAUUAGUGGACAUCAAAAGAGAAGGCUUAACAAGAGUGGCAAUGCUUCCCAGAUAAUAGCAGGAGAAAAGAACUUAGUUCCUCUAUCCCGAGAAAAUGGGAAUGAACUCUCAAGAGAUUAUCUUUGUAAUAGAAAUUUGUUGCCCUCUAAGAGGGAUCGCAGUAACUUAUCCCCUGAAAAGUUUGCAGGACAAUGCCUUGGAAUCAAAGAUAGUGCUAUAGAUGGUGAUAUCUUGCAUUUAAAUUCCAAGAAGAAUAAGCAGGAUGCGAUAUGCACUAAUCAGCCUGUAGAACAGAUUUUAGCUUCUCUGCAUGAGGCUAAAUCAUUAGAGCACAACACUGAAGGGACUGUCAGAGUUAUAAAAGGAAAAGGUAGUGACUUGGCAGAAGAUUAUCAAGCAGGAGGGGUGGAGGACAAGAAGUUCCCUGAGAGUGGUCAUGGCACUGAUACUGUCAUGGACAGGAUUAGGCAUUCUAUAGUUAAUGAUGAUCAAUUCCAGAACAAUCAAAUGGAGAUUAAUCAUAAUGCCCCAGAAUCAAUUCAAGUUACAUGUGGAGAUGAACCUGUUUGUAAUAUGAUAUUGGUUGAAGUUAAUGAUUCUGAAUUAAGAACAUCAGACAGCAUACUACCUGCAACUGGACAGAAUGAAGAAAUUUCAAGUGAUAACAGCGAAUUUAACAACGAGAUGAUUGAUUUUGAAAUGAAGAAGAGUCAGUUUUUGAGCUCCCAGUGCCCAUUAAAUGAUGAAUCUUCAAAAAUCUACUGGACAGAACGAAAUUUGUGUGUGAAGUGUAAUGAGGAUGGUCAUUUAUUAGUUUGCACUAUCAGCACUUGCCCGUUUAUGGUUCAUGAAACUUGCCUGGGUUCUUCUGCCAUUUUGGGUGACAAUGAAACUUUUCUUUGUCCUUUUUGUGCUUAUUCUGUUGCAGUUUCAAAAUACCUUAAGGCGAAGAAAGAAGCCUCCUUGGCAAGAAAGGCACUAGUUGCAUUCCUCAAUGUGGGUUUUGAGCAUCGCCUGAAGGAAUAUGGCGAGAGAUUGCGGAGGGAAGAGCAAUUUCAUUUAAGAAAAAAUGGAAAUGAGGCUCCUUCCUAUAAACUCCCUGAAAAUGGGCAUUUGGAAGAUGGAGAAGACAAUCAAGUGGGGCAGAAUUGUCAGGAUGUAAAUGAAAUCAGUGGCUCUCAACAAAACAAAAGCACAGGGCAACGGGACCAAGAGCCUGCUUUCUCUGAAGAGGAAGAUGAUACAUACUGUAAAAAUAGCAAAAAUUUCCCAUUAAAUAAAAAAGAUGUUAAGAACAAAAUUGGGAAGGAUUUUCUUCAGCAGCAAGAUACUCUGAAGAAGCCUAUUUACGAUUGCAAUACUGAUGAAGAGGAAGCAUCUGAAGGAGAUAGUAGUAAGCACAUAAAUUCAGACUACUGCAUAAGAUUCCGAAGGCAAGAGAAGCAGCGUUCGUACCCAGCAAUUCCUCAAUCAAGGCGCAAGAAGUGUCCUUGGACAGCAGAAGAGGAAGAUAUGCUAAGGAAGGGAGUACAACUUUUUUCAGGAGAUAAUGAAAGACAGUUUCCAUGGACAAAAAUUUUAGAGUUUGGUGCUUCUGUUUUCCAGAGUAGUCGAACUCCUGUAGACCUUAAGGACAAAUGGAGGAAUAUGUGCAGAGGAAAGUCCAAAUCCAAAUGAGCUAGUAAUAUCUCUGUGAAUUAUUGUUCCCGACCACUGGAUGACUUCUGGGAAUAUUUUGAAGAUAACAGAAGAUUUUGCUUGUACUUCCCAUUUUUUACGAUCUAAGCGGAUGCUGAAAGAUGGGAUUUGCAGGUCGGGAGGGGGGCAUCUUUUGUUUUUGGUAGGAUGACUGUAAAUCGCUAAUAUGUAGAGCGGAGGUUGUUUUUCCUCCUGUUUUGUUUUGAUUUGCAUUGUUCUUUUGGGUCCUUGCUCUCUCUCUCUCUCUCUCUCUCUAGUUGGGAAUGAAGAAAAGGUGAAAAUAUAGCACAUUUGAUCUUGUGGUAUUUAUUGUUAGACAACGAAGUUGAGAUUGAUCAUGGUGGUAAUAUAGUGGUAGUUGACAUGAUGAAA